GGCGCCAAUACUUGAGUUAAAUACUAUUUUUUCUUAUCAAACAAACCCAGCAAAUACGGAAUCAAGACCGACCUAUUCGAAAACCAGCAUGGAAUUUCUCAACGAGAUCCAGAUUCGGGAUGCAUUUGCAGAACCCAAGCACUACGUCUUCCUCGCCUGCCCACGAAAAAUAAUGCUUACCGAUAUCGCUGUGGCGAAGUGCUUCGCCGACAUUAUUCAGCCAUCCAACCCGGACACAUUCCUCUGUCAUUGGGUAAAUGAGGAGUAUCUCAAGCAUUUUGCGUGGAAAGAGAAGACCGUAUCGCCAUGGGAAGACAGUCCGAAGCUGAUAAUGCUUCUCACACGCCUUGAAACCGCUCGACUAGGGGAUUGGUGCCAGCAGCAAAAUGUCUCCCAGGCACCUGGAUUCGAGGCGUACACUCCAAGACUAGUUCGCGAGUUCCAGGAGAUGGCGGAAGCCAAGUAUGGCAUAACCGGUGGUAACAGAGCCCUGUACUUGGGUCUUGGCAUACUCUCUUAUGAAGUUGGAGGUGAUCGGUACAAAUGGCCGCAACAUUUCCUGGGAUGUCCACAGGUAAUGGGCGUAACUUGGACGCAAGCAGGCUGUCAGUUCUGGAGGAAAGAGCCCCCCCAACGAACCCAAUCGACACAGAUGUUGCCCCAGGAGAGCAGUCUAGUGCCCUCAAAUACGGGACUCUCGUCUGCGCAGCAGGCUCAAGGCCAGGUCAUCUCCGGAAACUCACAAUCUGACAUGACCAACUUGAGAAACGGGCUUCCUUCACCUUCGGCAGCCUUACCGAGGGAGCUGAAUCUCAACACCCACGGGUAAGCGGCCAAAUACAGAUGCCUUCACAUCUUGGUAUCAAACAACCUGAACUCCAGCAGACAUUCACCGCGAGUCCGCCUGGCCAGCUAGUCGUCAUAGAUCGUGCAAGAGGCUUGAAGCGGGAGAAA